ACAAACAUACGUGUGUGUGCUAGAGAGAAAGGGGUUAAAAAGAACAUUUGGAGAGUUUCACUAUGGAAGAAAAUGAUCGUAGCAACAGAGAUGUGGAGCGCCAGGAUUCGGGCGAUGAGUCCAAUAGGGCUAUUCUACCCCUGUUGCAGGCACCUGGAAACCUACUCCCUCACAGAAUCACCAACUUUUACAUCGACAACAUUUUGAGACCAGACUUUGGUCGCAGGAAAGAAGGAACCAGGCGCGACGAAAUUAAUAUAGUUGAAAGAGAGAACCGCUGUCCAUCGGCUCCCGGAUCAGGGCAGGUAGGAGCUCCAGUGUCAGGGGAAGGAACCUCGAGCCCUCACCCAGUGAGCGCGUCUAAAAAAACUGAUAUUACCGCGGACGCACCUCUGAAAACCCGCGCAGAGACUGGAGAUCAAAGUUUAAGCUCAGAUUCGGAUUGCUCGCAAAGUAACGCUGCGCAGACGAAACAACCAAUGCUUUGGCCGGCUUGGGUAUAUUGCACAAGAUAUUCAGACAGACCUUCAUCAGGACCAAGAUCGCGCAAACCAAAGAAGAAAAAUCCAACCAAGGAAGACAAGCGUCCAAGAACAGCCUUCACAGCCGAGCAACUCCAGAGACUCAAGAACGAAUUCCAGAAUAACCGUUACCUGACGGAGCAGAGGAGACAAGCACUGGCCCAGGAACUCGGCCUCAACGAGUCUCAAAUCAAAAUCUGGUUUCAGAACAAAAGAGCGAAGAUUAAAAAAGCUUCGGGGAGCAAAAACUCACUUGCAUUGCACCUGAUGGCACAGGGACUAUACAAUCACGCCACAACAGCAAAGGACGACAAAUCAGACAGUGAUUAACGUGAAGGACAGGACAUCUGAAAUGCAAUAAUCCUAAGCAAGGGCCAGUGUACAAAAUACCAGCAUUAGUCGGAUGAAAACUAUAUGUAUGACAUUUGAUUCUGCAAUAUUUUAUGUAUAUAUACACUUUACGUGUACAGUGGUGUAAAACCUUUUCAAUUAGUAUCACUGCUGUACACUUACUGAAACUUCAGAUAUAGCGCGCGAAGAAAAGGACGCUUCUUUAUUUAAAAAAAGAGGGAGCGAUUUGAUUGACACUUGACGUUGAGCCACAAGUGAACGUGUUAAAUCCAUGCUGAAGUCCAAAGAUUUUUCCUGCUGCAUUCAGGCGACUGUGAUUUAAAAUAAAUGGUCAAAAUGUUUUAUCUGAUUUAGAUGUUU